AUGGAGUACCACGCCGUCCCUCCAGAGGAGCGCGCCAGAGAUGAGCAGGGCAACCUUUUGCCCUGGGGUUAUGUUUACAAAGAUGAAUCCCGCAAUCCCCGACGACCACCAGAGGAAUCAGGGCCCUUCGGCAAGAGGAGAAACGCACGAUAUGAGCAUGCUCGAUCCCGAACACGAACAGGCACCCCAGCAAAGCGCGAGAACCCCAAUGUCGCCGAAUUCGGUCGAUUAUUCGCCCAGCAAGUCGAUGAAGAGAAGAUCAGCGGCCUCCCCAAAUCAAACUCAUCCUCCAGCCUCGACAACCCACGCAAGCAAACAGAGAAAGUCGCGACCGAAUGCUUCUUAUACGGGUACAAGGCCAAGGACAGCGAGUGGAAGGUUAUCGACAAGUACGAGCGCAUCUCACAAGGCAUGAUUUGUGAAGAUUACCCACGCAGCGACCCGAAUUCCACAUCUCAGUAUGCCCAGCUGCUGAGCGGCGGCGACGUCGUCAUCCGCGCGAACCUAUCCGCCGAUGCCAACCGAAAGUCUAAGCGCUAUGCUGGUGGUUUCCACUGGAUCAAGAUCACAUUCGACUCGGCCCAGGCUGCGGAUCGCGCAUGCUUCUAUUCACCACAAGAGGUCGAUGGCCACCUUGUUUUCUGUGAGCUUUACCACGGCCACGGUCCUUCUGAGGAUUCCGCUAUUCCCGCCGACUCAAACGAUGAAUUCCCUUUGCGCACGAGAGCGCCGCGUACCCUGACCUCUACACAAUCAACCUCUUUCUUGUCCAGCAAGGACCAAGACCGUCUCACCCUGCCGCGGUCUUUCGCUAUGAACAACCUCUCUAGUGUUAUGGAUGCCCCAGAACCAGAAGACGGCUCGUCUUUUGACUCGUCAACCGCAACUUUCACUACCGGCACUGCCACCGGAACAACCGUCACUGCGACUGGCGCAUCCUCAAGCUUUGAUCGCUCCUUAUCGCUGCACCAGCGCAACGUCCCUACUACUCCUGUGGAGCCGAAGCCGGAAUCCGAAUACAUGACGCACAUUCCUACCGUUCGACGCACGAAACUACGCCCUCUCGCCGAGGCCCUCCCCCCUCAGCCCACAGUUACCGAGCGCGUGCUAAGAUCCAUCCCGAUUCUGAGUUGGUUCACUGGUGAUAUUGUGGGUGAUGGACCUCAAUUCCGCGAGGACGGUGCCUUUGACUAUGACAAGUCAAACUCCUACUGGCGGUUCUGGUACAUGGUGGACAAGGUUCUCGGAACAGAUAUUUGUGGACUGAAGGAGGAGUCUUAA